GAAUCUCUCGAUUUUAAAACCAAACGAAGCCGAAAUAGACUGACUCCUAUUGACCCUUGCAGUUUCUUGUAUUCUAGCUUCUGUUUGUUUUCUCACGCAUGCUUUUGUGCUAUGCCAUACCAAGAAACCUGCAAAUUAAUUUCCUCUUUCCCGAUUUCCAUACACUAGAAGCAAACAGCUUCAUCCAUCCAUCCAUCCAGCAGCAGCGAAUAAUUGAGACAAAUUGCUUCCGAAGAAUCUCUCAGACCUGAAUCGCUCUUGCUUCACUGAAACUUGGUGCCAGUCCACUUUGUUCAAACACUUCUGCUGUUUUGUGGUUAAAGUUGACACACACAACAAGAGUCGCAAAAAACCGGACCUUUGGUAUUGAAUACUAAGAUCAUCGCCAACCGACUGACCAUCCGCAAAGGAUACAGAUCUGUAUUUGCAGAACCCUGCUGCAACUGACAUGGGUAAACCGAAGCAUUCGUGCUGGGAUUAUGUAACGUCGAUACCCAAUCCUGGUAAUCCACAUAAAAGGAGGUGGCAAUGUAAUUAUUGCAACAAAGACUAUGCGGGAGGGGCUUCAAGGAUCAAGGUGCACUUGGGUUUAGCGACGGGCCAAGGAAUCGAAGUUUGCCAGAAAGUCAAGGAAGGACAGAUGAGUCAGGUGCCCGAGAAUGGAACAAGCUCGGCUACAGAGAACGCAGAAGCCGCAGGUUUUUCAAGCAGUGGAUUCAUCUUUAAUCAAGACAGCCAAAGUACUCCACUGCAAGCAAGUCCCAGUGGAAUUCAGGGACCUGUAAUGUCUAUCGAAGCAGAAAUGGAUCUUCCAGUAUAUUCCCCAGAAUCUGAUCCGUCAAUAUGGGACUUGUCUACGCUCGAGGCUACCAUGAAAGAAUUUGCCGCUGCGAUAGAUUCUCAGCUACAUGUUGAUCCAGCUAACACUGUCCUGCAACAGAACAAUGGCCAAUAUGUGCCUUCAAGUUUUCAAGUCAGUCCUGGGCAAGCCCUGGAGCAGCAAGACAUGUCAGCUUCGGCCACAAUCUGCGAGCUAGGGGUCAACAUCGAUGGAGAGAACUCAAGAGUACAAUCUGGUUUGCUGCCAAAUAGCCUUGACCUGCCAGAGGAAUGCCACCACACUGAUGCAAUGCAAGUUGAUCAAAAUCCCCGCAGCGAGAGGGAUCAAGGUAUGUGUGCAGUGUUCCCUCAGCCUUCUACUGAAUUGCCUCACGAUAGGGGAGAUUCAGGAGGAGAUGCAAUCCUAGUAACGGAGCUAGUGGGUCAAGAGUUUAAGAGAAGAGUCAAUGAGAUCUGGGACUAUGUUAGGAAGGAUGAUGUCUUACGCAUUGGCAUCUAUGGGAUGGGGGGAGUGGGGAAAACCACAAUUGUAAAGCACCUCUAUAAUAAAGUGUGUGCUAGUGCUGCAUUUGAGGAUGUAUUUUGGGUCACCGCGUCAAGAGAUUGCAGUAUUCAUGAGCUGCAAAACAAGAUCGCCAAAGCACUUAAGGUUCUGGACCAUUUCAAGGACGUUGAUGAAGUGAUGAGGCCGACAUUGUUGUUCAACUAUUUGAGCAAGAAAAGGAAAAUUCUACUUAUUUUAGAUGAUGUUUGGCAGCAUUUUGAGCUUGUGGACAUUGGGAUUCCAGUGAAAAGAGAUGGUGUUCAGCUGGUCCUAACAACACGAUAUCUUGAUGUUUGCCAAAAGAUGCUGUGUCAACCAAAUAUUGGAGUUCGACCUCUAUCUGAUGAAGAGGCAUGGACUUUGUUUGCAAGGACGCUUGGCUCUGAUGUUGUAUCUCCUAGACAGGAACCUAUCGCAAAGAAUAUCGUGAAGGAGUGUGGAGGUUUACCUCUUGCUAUUGUCGUUAUGGCGGGAAGCAUGAGGGGAGUGGAUAGUGAUCAUGGAUGGGAAGAUGCACUGGAAAAACUAAAACAACCAGAAACCUUGCAAGAAGACAUGGCAGCAGGAGUUUUCCCGAUUCUACAGCACAGUUAUAACCACUUAGAUGCAAAGAAGCAACAAUUUCUUUUACGGUUUGCUCUAUAUCCUGAAGAUGCUGCAGUCCUUAGAGAAGAACUGAUAGAAUUUUAUAUUGAUGAGGGGGUGAUUUGUGGGGAUAGCCGGUGGAAGAUGUACAAUGAAGGCCACCGAAUAUUAGAUGAACUUGACAAAGCUAGUCUCCUUGAAUCACGUAAUGUUCCAGGUUCUAGAGGGACGAUGGUGAGGAUGCAUGAUGUGCUUCGGGAUAUGGCAUUGUACAUCAUGCAUGCAAAUGGCCCAUGUAUGGUGAGAGCUGGCUUGUCUCUCAAAGACGUGCCGGAUGAGGAUGAAUGGAUACCUAAUCUUCACAAGGUCUCAUUGAUGAAGAACGAAAUAGCAGUAAUUCCAUCCAUAUCACCAUACUGUCCUCAACUUUCAACUCUGCUGAUAAGCAAUUGCAGCAGCCUGUGUGAAAUCUCAGGAUGUUUCUUCGAGCGGCUACAAGGAUUGAAGGUUAUUAACUUGAGUAGUUGCAGCAUCAGAGAAGUUCCAAGAUCUAUCACGGAGUUAGAAAAGUUGAACGCACUAAUACUCAGACAAUGCGAUCAAUUAUCUCUACUUCCUUCUUUGGCGAAGUUGACAUCGCUGAGGAAGUUGGAUCUCCGAGGGUGCAGAGGUAUUAAAGUAGUACCAGAUGGGUUGGAGAUGUUGGCAUAUCUUAUGUACCUUGACAUAACAGGGACGGGGAUUGAGAGGAUACAAGAUGGAGUGAUAGGCAAAUUGCUGAAGCUACAGGUCCUUCUAAUGGGUUGGAUUGAAGUGAAGGGGGAAGAAGUUGGGAAAUUGAAGAAGUUGGAAGUACUCCAAUGCCGUUUUCGAAAUGCGAAUGAGUUGAACAAGUACACACAGGCACAACACGUGACGAUAUUAAAGUCAUACAUUCUCCUCAUAGGAGCUCGUACGGAGGGUUUUUAUUGGAAUAAUAGAACUGCAAAGAUGUUGAAUUUCCAUGGGUAUAAUUUGACUUGGAUAUGGAAUAUGAAAGUAAUUAUUUUGGGUGAAGGACAUUACGCAGGAAAAACUUUCGAUAUCCCAAUAGACGUUAAAAGACUGUGGAUUGAGGGUGACAGUGGGGCGCGGGAUAUUUCCAGUUCUACAAGAUCUGAGGUUCUGGAGGAGCUACACAUAUGCAUGCAGAAGCUUGAUAAGCUGUCGGCGCUGCAAGCGGGAGCGGGAGUGGGAGUGGGGGACAACAAGAUCAGGAACUUGAACUUCCUUUCUUCGCCACCAGGAGGUCAUUGCUUCGAUCCCAAGAAGCUGGUGGUUCAGGACUGUCCAAAACUAAAGCAUCUAUUGGUGCCCGAACGUAACUGUGGUCUGCACCUUAAGAAAUUAGAAGAGCUCAGGAUAUUGGAAUGUCGGGAGCUGGAGAGUAUAAUCGGAGCAGAAGCAGCAGCAGAAGCACUGUCAUCAACAUCACCACUGCCACCUGAUGCUUUCUCCCAGCUCCGUUCGAUUUACAUCAGACAGUGUUCAGAGAUGAAGAAUGUGGUGGGGCUUGAAUGGCUUCCUCUUCUCCAUAACCUCCAGAGUAUUAGUAUUGAUUGCGCCUCCAAUAUGGAGGAGAUAAUAGCAAUGCCAUCCGUUUCCCCACCACCAGCACCACCUCUUCCAGUAGCCACGUCCACCUUGCAGCUUCCUCUCCUUACGAAAAUAUCUGUCUGGCAAUGUCAUAAGAUGAAGAAGGUGCUAACUCUAGAGUUAUUCAUGCUCCUCCCCAACCUCCAAGAAAUCAGCGUUGAAAUAUGUCAACAGAUGAAGGAGGUGAUUGGCGGCCAAGAAUCAGAGGAUGGACCGACCGCAAGCUCUAGCAGAGACAUAUACAGGCCUCCCUCCACAUCGAGAAGGCUCCUAAGGUUAAAUCUAUAUGAUCUGCAGGAACUGGAUAGCAUAUGCCGCUGGACUCCCAUUCGCGAUUUCAUCCAGGUUCUUGUAAUAUUCUGCUGUCCGAAACUGAAGAGGAUUCCAAUGCUCGAUGAGUUCCCACAUUAUCUUCCCCCUUCUCUCGAGAGGGUAGUGGCAUAUCCUUACGAAUGGUGGGAAGCAUUGGAGUGGGUCCACCCUGAGGCAAAGCUCGCUCUCGAGCCUUCUGUGGUUAUCGGCACAGGCUACUGGAUGAGCGAAAUUUCUGUCCGGGAAUGGCGGGAACGUCACCAUGGCGAGACUGGCCAAGUUUCCCACAUUAUAUGAUCUGCAGGAAAUGGAUAGCAUAUGCCGCUGGACUCCCAUUUGCGAUUUCAUCCAGGUUCUUGGAAUAUUCUGCUGUCCGAAACUGAAGAGGAUUCCAAUGCUCGAUGAGUUCCCACAUUAGCUUCCCCCUUUUCUCGAGAGGGUAGUUGCAGAUCCUUACGAAUGGUGGGAAGCAUUGGAGUGGGUCCACCCUGAGACAAACCUGGCUCUCGAGCCUUCUGUGUUUAUCGACACAGGCUACCUCAAUGGACAAAUUUCUGCCCGGGAAUGGCGGGAACGUUACCAUGGCGAGGGCGAAAGGAGAGGGCGGAUCUGAGGACUAUGAACAGUGGGAGUGGGAGGAGGAUGGCGAUGAAUAGUGAACUGGAGGAGAGAGAGGGGGUGGGGCAAAAUUGAAAAGGUCUUAAAAAUUUGGGUCGUUUUUAAAUUUUAAAAAGUUUGUAGUAAAGUUUGCAGGUGGUACGUAGAAUUAAUUCUUUCAAGUCAAUUGUUCUUUUAAUUGCAGAUCGAACACUCUACUAAUAAGAACUCGGCAGUUCAUGUA